AUGCAUGACUCUGUGGGAACGGGGACCCGAGUUCAGGUGGGAGUCCGUAUUUUCCCUACGCGUCAGGGUGAGAGGUCAGUGGUACACGGCGACCCGGAUGACAAUCAUGUCGUUGUGAUAGACGGUGAGGGCACUAAAGGUGGCUCUGCCCUCAAAUUCGACCGAGUGUUCACUGGCUCUCAGGAGGAGGUCUAUGAUUUUGUUGGGAGACCGAUGCUGAAGGAGGCGUUUGAAGGCUUCAAUGUUUGUUUAUUUGCAUAUGGGCAGACGGGGACAGGGAAAACAUAUAGUCUUUUUGGUGAUCUGAACGAUAAGACGAGGUGUGGAAUUGCACCGCGCUUUGCUCAGGCAAUGAUUGAGGAGGGCCAGCGCCGUAUGGAAGCGGACAAUCGCGCAACGAUCAGAUUUUCCUUGACAAUGGUAGAAGUGUAUAUGGAGAAGGUGCGCGAUCUGCUCGCCCCGCGUGUGCGAGGACAGGAGCCGGAGGCGCUAGAAAUUCAUGAGGACAAUCAGCGACGUGUUUAUGUGAAGGGUGCUGGUAUACACCCUGUGCUGAGUUUGGAUCGUCUGAUGGAGUUACUCAGCAUCGGCAAUGCUAACCGGCAAAAGGGAGAGACAAAAAUGAACGAAACCAGCUCCCGAUCGCAUGCCAUUAUUCAGCUUACUAUUUCCCAGCAGCACGAAUCACUUGAGACGAAGGAUGUGGAAAGUGUUGCGAUGCUGGUGGACUUGGCGGGAAGCGAGCGGCAGAGCAAAGCAGAAUCCACUGGUCUUGCCUUUGAGGAAGCGAAGAAGAUAAACCAAUCUCUUCUGAUGCUCGGGCGGGCGCUGAACUCCUUUAGUGACCGGAAGGGGAAUGGGGGUUUCAUCUCGUUGCGCGCGUCGAAACUGACUCGGCUUCUCUCAGAGAGCUUUGGUGGUAACAGCAAAACGUGGAUGCUUGCGACAGUGUCCCCUUCCGCCUCGAACUUAACCGAGACAAUAUCCACACUUGAGUAUGCACAGAACGCGUCGGCAAUUACCAACAAAGUUAGAGUCAACAGAGCGGAAAGGAGGCUAAAUUUUGAAGCGAUACAGUCUCGUGUUGCAACACUAAAGGAACAACUUGGCUGUGAAGCGAAAGUUGUUUCGGAUUUGGAUGUUGACAUAAUUUCUGCUCGUGACGAAAUUCAGUUUCUCCAGAACAUGUUAUCUUGCAGAUGUGAUUUUGACGUUGAAGUGGAGUUGAGAGAGGCCCUUGAGGAGCGCGAGAAGCUGCUGUUGCAUCUUAAAAGCGCCUUAGGGCAAGAUGCUUCUUCAAGCGUUCAUGCUCAGCCACCGCUUUCAUGCUUUUAUGGGACCUGUAAAACUUCCCUGGGAAGUAUACCGUUAGGGGGUUCUGAGGUAGAAACAAUGGUUGUCCAAUGUUACAACCUGUCGGGGCCACCUCCUCUUCUGAUUUGUCACGUACAUAUCCACCUCGCAGACGAGAAUUGUGUUGCCGUUGUUGUUCGUAUUCGUGAAAUCCUUCACUUACCUGACUAUGUGACGGGAGGGGCCCAGGUGACCAUGUGGUUUGAGGGACAUUCCUCGAGUUCCGUAAGAACGCCCAUAGUAGGGUCUAAUGGCGGCAACCCCUUGUUUUCCCUCAAGCAGACAUAUAUAUUAGGGCCACAUACAAAGGACAUUGAAAGGUUCCUGCGAGCGGAGGUGCUAAACUUUCGUGUUGACGGGUUUAUCCUAUCUGAAUGUGUUUAA